AUGAGCGAGUUUGGUGAGAUUCUGAGAGAGGUGGGGGAGUUUGGGCCGUUCCAGAAACGCUUGCUGCUGCUGUUAUGCCUGCCCUACAUGUUCGUGGGCUUCCAUCUACUUGCCCAGGUGUUCACUGGGGCAGGCGUUCCACAUCACUGUCGGGCCGACUGGAUCUCCAAUGUCACUGCCGGCCUACCUGCUGAGGAGCAACUCUUCCUCACCAUCCCACGGGAGAGGGACGGGUCUUACCAAAGCUGUAAAAUGUACACCCCCCACCCAGCCGAAGAUCUGGACUGGAUCUUGUUGCACGGAAACCAGUCCACGACCGCGUGCGAAGAAGGCUGGGUAUACGACCAGUCGCAGUAUGGAUCGACCAUUGUUACUGAGUUUAACUUGGUUUGUGAUCAGAGAUGGCUGAUUCAGUUAUCCCAGACCAGUUCCAUGGUGGGCCUGUUUGUUGGAGCCAUGUUGUUUGGACAUUUAGCGGACAGUCCCACUUUGCAAGAGGGGAUGAGCGAGUUUGGCGAGAUUCUGAGAGAGGUGGGGGAGUUUGGGCCGUUCCAGAAACGCUUGCUGCUGCUGUUAUGCCUGCCCUACAUGUUCGUGGGCUUCCAUCUACUUGCCCAGGUGUUCACUGGGGCAGGCGUUCCACAUCACUGUCGGGCCGACUGGAUCUCCAAUGUCACUGCCGGCCUACCUGCUGAGGAGCAACUCUUCCUCACCAUCCCACGGGAGAGGGACGGGUCUUACCAAAGCUGUAAAAUGUACACCCCCCACCCAGCCGAAGAUCUGGACUGGAUCUUGUUGCACGGAAACCAGUCCACGACCGCGUGCGAAGAAGGCUGGGUAUACGACCAGUCGCAGUAUGGAUCGACCAUUGUUACUGAGUUUAACUUGGUUUGUGAUCAGAGAUGGCUGAUUCAGUUAUCCCAGACCAGUUCCAUGGUGGGCCUGUUUGUCGGAGCCAUGUUGUUUGGACAUUUAGCGGACAGGAUUGGUCGACAAAGGACUAUUUUGGUGUCGCUGCUUUUUCAGCUCCUCAGUGGGAUGGGGGCGGCAUUCGCACCAAACAUCGCUUUGUUCAUCGCUCUGCAGUUUGUCCUAGGCACUGCAAUCUCCGGGACAAUGAUGAACACAAUCGUCUUGGGUACGGAGUGGACUGGCCCAGCACAGCGAUCGUUUGCCUCGGUGCUUACCCAGUGCACCUUCUCUGCCGGCCAGAUGCUGCUGGCUGGCCUGGCCUACGCUAUCCGUGACUGGAGGGUUCUACACCUCACCACCGCCUGCCCGAUGCUGCUCUUCCUUUCCUACAUCUGGUUACUUCCCGAGUCGGCCAGAUGGCUCAUCAUGAAGGGGCAGAAAGAAGAGGCUAAGAGGUACCUGAGAAGAGCCGCCCUGCUCAACAAAAGAGUGUUCAACGAAUCCCUGACCGACAAGGUUUUCAUUGAGAAAAAAACGCAACAGAUCGCUGUCUGGGACCUCUUUAGGAUAUCCAGUCUGAGAAGAGUCACAUUGCUUUUGACUUUCAUUUGGUUUGUGAACUGCUUUGUGUAUUACGGGCUGUCCUUCAGCGUUGGCAGCUUUGGCAAGAAUAUUUACCUGACGCACUUCAUCUUUGGACUGGUGGAGACGCUGCGAGGAUCUUGCAUCUGGUUAUUGGCCAAGUUUGGCCGGAGGAAAUGCCAAGGCUGCUUCCUGUGGCUUGGUGGCGUCUCCUGCCUGCUUGUGCUGGCCGUUCCACAAGGGAUGGCCGCGGGAGUCACGGCGCUCGCUGUCCUCGCCAAGUUGUCCAUCUCCUGUUCCUUCACGGUGACCUACGUUUAUUCCACGGAGUUGCUCCCAACUGUGUUGCGGCAGACGGGGAUUGGCUUGGUGUCCAUGUUUGCCCGUCUGGGCGGCAUCAUCGUCCCACUGAUCAUGAUUCUGGACCAGGACCACCCAGGGAUCUCCUUGAUCCUAUUUGGAAUCUCAUCGCUCGUCGCCGGCUCCCUGAGUCUCCUGCUUCCCGAAACGACCAACAAAGAGAUGCCAGAUCACUCCGGACACGUGGAACAAGUGAAAAGGUCAGUGCCGGCUUACUUCAGCUCAGAACCGGGCGUCCUUUGGGAAGUGAACGGUAGACGUGAGGAGGAGAAUGGAGCGAAGCUGUCAGAUGCAGGAGCCUUCACAGAGUCCACACGCAUGUAG